CUGCGCUCUUGUGCUAGAAGCCUGCAAGCCUAACCUUAUCCUUCUACUUUGCAGCCAUGGCUUCUGCUUCUUCCCUGGUUCUUCCCUCUCUUUCCCUCCCCAAAACCCUCGCCAUCUCCAAACCCACUUCACUCUCCUUCUUCUCCCUUCCCUUUUCCUGCUCUUCGCUUAAGUUUCACUCCAACAAAAUUUCACUUUCUCCUUCUUCCAGAGGGUUUCUGACCUUGUCGUCUCGGUUCGUCCGAAACGUUGCCGUUUCGUCCGACUACGAGCAAGACGAGGAUGUCUUGAGCGAUGAGGGUGAGCCCAGUUUCUCCCCUGAUCUCAAACUCUUUGUGGGUAACCUCCCCUUCAACGUCGACAGCGCCGGCCUCGCCGGCUUGUUCGAACAAGCCGGAAAUGUUGAGAUGGUCGAGGUAAUUUAUGACAAGAUAACUGGUAGAAGUAGAGGGUUUGGGUUUGUUACCAUGUCCACUGUUGAGGAAGUGGAAGCAGCUGCUCAACAAUUCAAUGGCUAUGAACUUGAGGGGAGGCAAUUGAGGGUGAAUUCCGGACCUCCUCCUGCUCGAAGGGAAAACAGCAAUUUCAGAGGGGAAAACACCAAUUUCAGAGGGCCCAGGGGUGGGGCAAAUUUGAAUUCUACUAACCGGAUUUAUGUUGGCAACCUUUCAUGGGGUGUUGAUGAUUUAGCCCUUGAGACCUUGUUUAGUGAGCAAGGAAAGGUUACGGAAGCCAGGGUGAUUUAUGACAGAGAGACUGGUCGAUCAAGGGGUUUUGGAUUUGUGACUUACAAUUCUGCUGAAGAGGUCAACAGAGCAAUUGAAUCCUUGGAUGGCGUUGACUUGAAUGGCAGGUCAAUUCGUGUAACCAUGGCAGAAUCUAGGCCAAGGAGGCAAUUUUGAGCACUGAAUCCUUUAUCAGCAUUCAACUUAGACAAAGAUUUGGGGGAUUUUGGAGGCUGUGCAUCUACAAUGAAUUGCAGUUUUGUCAGAUAUUUGAAGAACAAGCUCCUUGCUCCACAUUUACAUUGGGCACAAUGGUUCUCUAGUGUCUGUCCUUUGCAUUUAGAUACACCAGAGCCAGCAAUUGUGUAAUGAAAUUUUAUGAUGUGUGUUAUAAUUCCAUGAUUUGGAUAAGAUAUUGACGUGUAUCACAUCUUUUUAUGACAUUCAAAAGAGUUGGUGCAUGAAUCAGUGAA